AUGGCAACCGACUUCAUAAUGCCCAGACUACACGAGCAGCCACAGCCGCAGCCGCAUUUCUAUCCUUAUCGCCAAAUGCCUGCUGCGGCAUCACAAUCCCCGACGUACCCGUCUCAGGGAUACCAUUCUCAACAGAUCUCGCCCUUGAGUACCUCUACCAACGCCUCGCCCACCUCGCCCAAGCCUUAUCAUCGUCAACGCUUACGACCGCUCUACAUGCCCGCUGUUUUAAGGCCGACCGAGCAUCCAUGCAAGAUAGAGAGGAAGACCGAGGCACAAGAAGAUGAUAAUCCGUCAUCGUCUAAUAGCAGUUUCAUCAGCUUGAGUGGUUUGGGCGCGUUGAGUCGUUUGAGCCGUCGCGCUACAAUCGAUAGCGGAAUGUGUAUGGAUGAUGAAUGGGAUUUGGAUAUGUUUCCUAAGCCGACGGCGCAGCCCACGCGACAACACUGGAAGCCCGAUCCGGAAUCGAAAAUCUGCGACGAGCCCUCCUGUAUGCGCCACUUCAACUAUUGGACGCGCCGCCAUCACUGUCGAAAAUGUGGCAAUAUCUUUUGCGACUCGCACUCGGCAUUUGACGUUCCUCUCGACCAAGACGCGAAUUAUAACCCGAGAGGCACGCCUAGCCGCGCGUGCUCCCACUGUUUUUCCGAGUUCAAAGAGUGGUGCAGCCGAACGAACAGCCAGGCUUCUAGCGAUACAUCCUCUACCGGUACGGGAUCGCAAACCGCACCGACCAGCCCAGCCGUUUCCGCCCCAGCGGCAAUCCACGGUCCUCAUGGCGAACAUCAAGAUAUUGCGAUGAGUGUCCCGCGGGACUGGAAUUGGAGCACCUUCUAA